AUGAAUGACCCGGAUAUAAGCUACAACAGCUCGUUGCUGAGAAUGCGCGAGAUCACAUCGACCCUGGCUCCAUUCACGACCAUCCGGAAUGCGAGUGUGGCGAAGCCUAACAACGCAUACGAGUGGCGUUUCAUAUUACCGCCGUAUUUCGUUAUAUUCCUGCUCUCCAUAUGCGGGAAUUGUCUCGUCAUAGCGACUCUAGCGAGCAACAGGCGAAUGAGGACAGUCACGAACGUUUAUUUACUUAAUUUGGCCAUUUCGGACUUUUUACUUGGAGUCUUUUGUUUGCCGUUCACGCUCGUCGGACAGAUAUAUAGGAGGUUUCUGUUCGGGGCGGCCCUAUGUAAGCUGAUACCUUUUCUGCAAGCUGUCUCCGUGUCUGUGGACGUGUGGACAUUAGUCGCCAUCUCCCUGGAACGAUACUUCGCCAUCUGUCGCCCGUUGAAGUCCAGGAAAUGGCAGACACAAUGCCAUGCAUACAAGAUGAUAGCCAUGGUCUGGAUCCUGUCAUUGAUCCUGAACUCGCCAAUCAUGCUCGUGUCUACAUUGCAGCCAAUGAGAGGAAAUGCCCACAAAUGCCGAGAAGUGUGGAGUAGCCUCGAACUGGAACGUGCUUUCAACCUUGGUCUGGACGCUGGACUUCUCCUCCUUCCGUUCUUCAUCAUGUCCUUCGCGUAUUGUCUGAUCGUCACCAAGUUGUGGCGAGGAAUGCGGCACGAGAUUCAACAUAAUUUCAAUUGGCAGAGGCAUUUGACGCAUCAAGCGAGCUAUAAAAACAAUCAGCUACUUCCCGCAACCACAAUUAAGAAGAGCAAUUCUGCCGACGUCUGCUGCAACAAAACGAAUCAAACGAACCAGAAGAAACCCAAUAAGGAUGCUUCAGAACAAGUGGAGCCAGACGUAAGAAGCACACAGCCAUAUUGCAUGCAUGCCGUCGACCACGAAUUCCGGCAUUUCGUAAGGUCUACCCACAUUGAUAAGAGCAUCGAAGCUAAAAGAAAGGUUGGUAUAUAA